AUGCGGGCGGUGCUGCGGGCGCGGCUCGGGUGGGCGCGCCUGGCGCUCCGUGGGGCCGCGCUGGGCCGCGCCCCGGGGCCGCCGUGCUGGAGCUGCGGCGCUCCGCUCCCCAGCAGCGAUGGGCCGCCCCACUUCUGCCCCGGCUGCCAGGCUCUGCAGCCGCCGGCGCCGCGGCCUGACCUUUUCCGCCUGAUGGACUGCGACCGCUCCUUCCGCAUCGACCCGGGGCAGCUGCAGCGGCGGUUCCGGAGCCUGCAGCGCGCCGUGCACCCCGACCGCUUCGGCAAGAGGCCGCCGAAAGAGCAGUACUACUCUGAGCAACACUCUUCCCUGAUCAACAAGGCCUACCAGACUCUGCUGAACCCUCUGAGCCGAGGCCUCUAUCUACUGGAGCUGAGUGGAGUGGAGCCAGCAAAAGAGACAGACUGUGAUGGAGACUCAGCGUUCCUUAUGGAAAUCAUGGAAAUUAAUGAGAAAUUAGCAGAGUCCAAAAACAAGGAUAACCUUGAAGAAGUUGAAACUUCAAUUAAAGUUAAACAAGAAGAACUGACCAGAGAGGUGACUGCAGCUUUUGAAAGAGAUGAUCUUCAAGAAGCCAAGAAGCUGCUAGGAAAAAUGAAGUAUUUUGCCAACUUAGAAGAUAAAUUAAAGGCCAAGAAGAUCCCUUCCUGAUGUUGCCUUCUUAGCUAUUAAAAGUUAGUGUUAUUUUCAAUUAAACAAAUGGUUUUAUUAGCAAAAUCA